AUGUCGAAACUGACUGUUAUAGAGGAUAAAAAUGCUGAUACUGAGCUGAAUUACUUUGUAUUUGAAACUCAUGUGAGAAAACUAAUAAGAGACCUGAUUGAGCCUACCACGUAGAAAGCCACUGAAGAUCGAGAGAAUGUAAAUGAAGUGAAAAGAAUUAUGAAUAAUGUUUCUAAAAGAGUCUACGAAUUAGAAUAUAUUAUUUACAAGGGUAGUGAAAGAAACACUAUUUUUGAUGAUAUAUACAACAAAAUGAAUUAAAUGGUUGUUGAGACUAAUUUGCUUAAUGAAAAGUUGAAAGAGGAAUCCUUUAAAUUUAUGAAAAGACACGAGAUUAUGGAUGACUAACUCAAAGCUAUUGAGAUAACUUAGAAGACCGUGGGUGAUCAAAUAAGAAAUUUUCAAAAUGAUAUUGAUAAGUUUUAUGAAACUUUGCAUGAAACAAAGAAGGAUUUAACUGAGAUUAUCUAUGACAAUAAGUAGCGAGCAGAUGCUGAUGUUUCUAGCAUUAAUCAAAUAAUUAUCAGAAUCUAAACAACAAUGAAAAUAAACCAGCAUGAGUUUGAAGCAGCAUCUGGAAAAAUAACUAAACUUGAGAAAGAUAAAGACAGGCACAAAGACAGACUUGAGUAACUUGGAAAAGACAUUUUCGAGCUAUAAGAAGUCAAGUUGGACAAAUAGCAGUUCAAUAUGGAUACAAAGAAAAUAGAAGAAUAGUUUUCAUAGAUUGAUUACUCCUUAGGAGAUUUGAAUAACAAUAUUUUGGGAACUGAUAACUACAUUGAGAAAUAUUUACCAUUUAAAUCCCUGUAGCUGAUGGUAGAGAGCAUGUCCUAAAUUUUAGAUAAGAAACAAGUCAAACGAUUAACUGACUUUGAGUAAAAGAAAUACAAAGAAUUACAUUAAGGUAUAUUAGGGGAUGAUGGGCAUCCCAAUAAUGCAGAAAAAGCUUCAUAUCUCAAGUUUUUAAACUCUGCUGAGAAAGGAUCAAAUAUAAAUCACACUACUACAAAUUUGGCUAGACGUGAGAGUACCUUGAUUCGUCACAAUGAAGAACUUUACAGCAGAGGUGCAGCAGGCUAGCAUUCUAAUCCUAGCUAAUUUUAGAAAAUGCAAAGCUCUCAAAGUAUCGUUCAGUAGAACUUUACUACUGGCAAUUAAAUCAAGUAAACUACAAUUUAGUUCAAUUCAAACACUAAACUUAAUAUUCUUGUUGAGAACGGAUAAAGCCAAGGAGAUUCAAAAAAUUCAAUAGAGUCAAAAGAUGAAUAGAUUAACUCAGAUCUUAAUGGAAAGCAAAUUUCUGUGAUUGAGUUUGAUAAUGAAAGAGUCUAAAGAAUCAAGCCUACUGGAUUGAAUAGAAAUUAAUAAAUUCAUGCACUUGCAUCUCAAGACACUUACUUAUCUUUAAAAUCUCCAUCAAAUGAGCAUAAUCUUCAAUAAAUCAGUCCUAGAGAAGGCUCAGUUGCAUUAAGAUAGAACACAUCAUAGAAUCAGAUUGGAAUGAGUCUUAUCGGGAUGAAUGAUCUAGAUCCCAUUCUACAAAAUAAAAUUAGAACUUAUGAUGAAGAUUUUAUCGAGCUGAAAUAAGAACUUGAAAGUGUAAAAAAGCUAAUCCUCGAUGUUAAAGGCUUAAACAGAGCUGAUAUAGAUAAAGAAUUCAAAAGAGUUAGAGAUGAGUUGAAGUAAGCCUCUAAAGAAAUUCUUUCUUACUGCGAGGCUUUUUAGACAGAAUUUGAGAAUGAGUAAGAUUUUAGAAAGAAGGACAAGAUAAACUGGCAAUUGGAGAUAGAUAAUCUAAACAAAGAAGUCCAGAGAAUAAACUCAUACUGUGUUGAAAAGCUAUUUAAGCCGUUAAAUAAUCUCUAAGAUAUGGCUGUACUUCCAGUAAAGAAUUAUGAGCUAUCAACUGGUCUUAAUACUCCAGCCUAAUAGUCAGAUUAUAUAGGUAUUCAUAAUAUCGGGUCAGCAAGAAGGUAGGAUGUGGCUAAAACAGCUUAUUAAUAACAUAGGAAAUUGUUAAGCUCUAGUUAAGUUUCUAUGACUGCUAAAGGAAGCAAACAGACUAACUCCCUUUACUAAUUAAGAGCAGAGACUCCACAGCUUUUCUAAGUUGGAGCGCAAACUCAAAGCACUUUUAUCAAAAGAAAAUAAAGCAAAGCGCCAUUCACUAACUAUCAUUCAAACUAAAGUUCAUCUUCAAAUCUCUUUACAAAUCCCAAUGGUUCAGUCAUUGCUGGAUCAACUUUUGCAAGUUCAAAUAAUUAAAAGCAGAUUUAAUUUGAUGAAAUGCCACUAUAAUAUAGAAAAAAAUUAUUCAGAAGAGAUUAAUUAAUCAUGGUUAGAGGAUAUCUAUUAUAGUAGGCUUGGAAUAUGUACAGCUAAUCAAUAACCGAUCAGAAUGUCAAAGCAAAUAAUGUCUAGCUCACCAGUCAAUUAUUUAAGCAAGCUUUGAAAGAACUUCAAAUUGAUCCUAUGAAAGCAGGACAAAAUAGAGUAUCUAAUAAGCAGAGUAUGAAUAGAUUGAAAGACAUCAAUUCUUAAUAUGAAACUUAAAAUCACUAGAAAUCUGUUAGCCAAACUGGAUAUUCUUUAGGAUAGCCUACAAAUCAAAAUGGUAAUUCAGGAAUGGCAAUAUUUGGAUUAAACCCAACAAACCAUUAGAAUAGACCUCAUAAUGAUAAUUUUAGUCCAUUACAAACUCCUGCUUAUUAAGACUAAUAAGUGUAAUAAAAUUUUGCAAAUGAUGCUUAGAAAUUAAAUUAGAAUUCCUUAAUUGCCUAAUGA